GCGAAUUGUCGUCUAGAUAGCUGCGUACAGUAUCGUAUCCUGCCUGCCAACCCCGCCCCCUGCCAACUCUACUGCCGCCAGCCCUGCGUGCCCAACCAACACCACCGCCGUGACUCGGCCCCAACUGCCCCCCAUGGCCUCUGUGACCUCGCUGGACCAGGACAUGCGCAAGCUGCGCAUGGACAGAUACACGCCCAAGGCCGCCAACGAAGUGCGCAUCUGGAUAGAAGAUACGCUGGGCGAGCGGCUGCCUGCCGGCGACCUGCUCGAUGCCCUCAAGGAUGGGACCGUAUUAUGCAGGCUCGUCAACAUGGCCAUCCCCAGCCCUGUCAAGUUCAAGAAGUCGUCCAUGCCCUUUAUCCAGAUGGAGAACAUCUCGCACUUCCUCCGCGCCUGCGAACAGCCCCCGCUCAGCAUGCCCGCCCACGACCGCUUCCUGACCGUCGACCUGUACGAAGCCAAGGACCCUGCCCAGGUCCUCCAGUGCCUCAGCGCCUUCAGCCGCGUAGCCAACGCCCACAACCCUGACAAGUUUCCCACCGCCAUAGGCCCCAAGCGCGCAGCACCAGGUGCCCUGAGCCCCUCCUCGACGGGAGGCGGCGUCCCCAAGAGCCCUUCGCUAGCAUCGCCUGGAUACACGCGAAGCAGAGGGCCAAGCACCGCCAGCAGCACCAGCGGCUCCAGCACCUUCAACCCGCUCGCCCGUCCGUCUGCCGAAAGGGCGCUAGUCGCCACGCGCACGGGAGGCUCGGAUACCUCGCACACAUCCAGCGGCCAUCCCCGGUCACCGCCCGGCGGAGUCAGCAGCUGGAGCAAGAAGGGCGACGAGGGCAGCACGUCGCCAGCAUGGAACAUCCAUCAAUAUGGCUACAUGGGUGGCGCCAGCCAAGGUAAUCAGGGCAUCGCAUUCGGUGCCCGUCGACAGAUCACGAGCGCAGGUCCGCACGUGCCCAACACUGCAGAGAAGGAGCGCUUGCGACGGGAAAAGGCCGCCGAAGAAGAGCGACUGCGCCUGCAAGCCGAAGAGGCCGAGAAUAAGCGCCGCAUCGAACGCGAGGCAGAGGAAGAGCGUAUCCGCAUUGACGAGGAGCAGAAGUGGGAAGAGGAAACGCGCAAGCAGCAAGAAGCCAAGCAAGCCCGCCUCGACCAGCAGAAGCGCGAGUGGGAAGAGCAGGAGCGCCAAUGGAAAGAGGAAGAGGAGCAGCGCCAGCGUGAGGAGCGCGAGGCCAUGGCAAAGAUUGAGGCUGAAACACGACGGAAGCGUGCCGGCAGCGAGGCUAAGCUCAAGGGACAGUACCUAAGCCAGUACCAGGCUGAACAAGCCAGCAAGCCACGCAGUCGCCGCGGAAGCAACGAGGAGCAGAGUGCUGAGCGCGAACGUAUACGCGAGCUUGAGCGUCAGCUUGAGGAGGCCAAAGAACGCGAGCGACAGUACCAGGCCGAGCGCGAGGGUCGUGUGCUGGACAAGAAGGCGCGUGCUCGUUCCAAGAGCCGUGUACGCGACCGUUCUCGAAGCCGUCCCCGGCCACAGCCCCCACCACGGGCGCCCUCGCCUCAGGAAAGUAAUGCUUCGUGGGCGCAUGCGGAUGAUCGAGAGUACCUUCGCAAGCAAUUGGAUCAAACACAGAGACAGCCCACACGACCCCUGCCGGAACCUACAGCCCCAUCUCUUCCAGCCCGCCCGCUGCCUGAACCGACGUCGCCACGGCCCCUUCCUGAUCCAUCGGCAUACGCCAAGCAAAGCCGAACUGAACGCUACCUGGCUUCCAACCCACCACCAACCGCUCCCAAGCCUCAGAACCAUAUUCCACCGGAGCUUACUUCCACGUCAGAGCAACGGGGCGAGGACGCCCGCCGAGCCGCUGCUCAAACGAAAACCAAGGCCCUCGGCUGGGCCUCCAAGUCCCUUCUUGAGCGCGAAAUGGAGCGCGAGCGCGAGCGCCAGAAAGAAUGGGAAGAGUCCCAACGUGCGUUGCAAGAAGCUGCCAAGGACCCCAAUGCUGGUACUGGCUUGGGACAGAGCUGGGAUGUCAAUCAAUACGGAUACAUGGGUGGAGAUAAUCAGAAUAAGCUGGGAGGUAUCGGCGCGAAUAAGAGGCAAAUUGUUGGACCUAGGCCUUUUGGUCCUCGUUGAAAAGUAAAUGGGUGGUAAGCGUGUUUUCAUAGAAUAAUUAUAUAGUUGUUGCGAUUUUGCUUGCUUGCUUAUUUGUUUGUUUUGCUAUCUAUGUGUUUAUUUGAUUGCUUGUCAGAGUGAUGGAUGAAU